AUGCCCUCGCCCAAGCCCGGAUUCCAUGCUGAAGGGCUUGUCGCGCAUAUCGAGACACAAUUGGCUGUGGAUCAGCGGUGGGAGAUUGGUGGGCCAGAGUACCGACAUUUUAAGGAGGAGGCGUCCCUGGGUAAGUACCGCACUGCCCUAGAUGAGCUCGAGCGUCUCGUGGUGAUGAGGUUAUUUGAACUCUCCAAACUCUCACUAUCGGGCACAGGGUACAAGCUACGCCAGCAGCUAGGCAAGGCUCUACAACGUCGUUCGGAUGCCAUCCGUAAUGCUAUUAAUCGCUACAACACACAGGCCGCAGCCCUAAAUCCACCCCGUUCCAAGAUCUCUUGGAAGGACAUCGCUGAUUAUGGUUUUGUAGCCGAAUUCGAUCUUCUGCGAUAUUCUCGCAAUGAUAUUCGAAGCAGCGCUUGGUCAAAGCCAGGACAUCGAGAAGCAACCACUAAAUUCUUCAAACUUUGUCAAGCGCGCGAAGAAAUCACUAGACUCAACGUUGAAGUCCGCCGCUUGCGCACCGCCAUUCACGAUGAAGAACGUCAUAUGCUUACUGUCAUACAGAAACUUCAGGUUUCAGAUCCGCACCUAGGCUGCGAGCUGCAAUGCCAACAUCGUUCACGUGCGGCUAUCAAUGCAAUGCAUUGCUACCGCUUGAAUCGCAUCGAGAGUCUCACAGGCUUUUCUGGAGUCAGGGGUGUUGGUGUCCGCGCUGACCGCGCUGCUGACCAUGGUCAACCGAAUGAUCUUGCAGAUAUCUCGCCAACCAUUGAUACUGAGGAUACUGACAUAGAAGCCAUUGAUCGCGAAGAAAUAAACACGUUGACAGAGGACAUGGCUGAUUUUCUUCAGUCAAUUAUUGAUUAA